CUCCUCCGGGAGGAACGGCGAGCGCCCCUAAACAGACCCAGUUUCGGUCUGGUCUGCAUUCCUGGGUGAUUCUCCUCGUCCCUUCGCCAUUAGGAGGAACCCUAGCUCACCAUCGCGUAAGGGGAUCUCGGACCGCCCAAGUACGAGCCGCCGCCACUCCUCGCCGCUGGAAGACUCGGGCCUGCUCCGGGAGGUCCUCCUCCGCCUCGCUCCACAGCCAUCCUCCCUCGUCUGAAGUACAAGCUGACGGAUUGGGCUGGUCUAGCUUACAGACAGUCUGUAUACUAACUCAGCUCAGCUCUCCCUUCAUUCUUGCCUCAAAAAAAGAAGAGAAGGUGCACAAGAGAAGGUGCUGUGGUAACUAGAUGAUGUAUCCUGCUGAGGUUCCCCAAGGCCAAGGGGCCUGUCCCAUUCCCAGCUCGCCGCGUGUGGACGGAAGGAGGCUGCGGCGUUUCGUGGUCAAAGGUGCCGGCUCUGUGUCCAAGGUGCUCGGUGACGACAACCUCCUAAUCGAGAUCCUCGUCCGUCUCCCUCCGAAGCCGUCCUCCCUGCCCCGCGCGUCUGCCGUAUGCAAGCGCUGGGGCAGCAUCCUCUCUGACCCCGUGUUCCACAAACGCUUCCGCAAGCACCACCGGAAGCCUCCUCUGCUCGGCUUCUUCCAAGGGUACGCUAACCGCUUUGCUCCCAUCAUGGACUCGCCCGACCGCAUCCCUGCCGCUCGCUUCUCCCUGCCCAAGAGCAGCACGCCCUACAAAGAGCACGCAGAAUACAUGGGCUGCCGCCAUGGCCUCGCUGUCGUAAUCAACAAGCAUGAGCGGAAUACCGUCGUGUGGGACCCCCUCACCGGCCAACAGCGCAGCGUGGCUUUUCCACCGUGGGUGGAUGAUGCCUUUAUGGGGUGUUUUUGUACCUGGCACGGCACGGUGUUAUGCGCUGAUGCCGAAGAUGGGCAUGUUCACGGAGAUUGCUUCUCGAGCCCGUUUAAAUUGGUUCUGGUCUAUGGGGGUGGAUACAAUACGAAGGCAUUUUGUUCUGUCUAUGACUCGGUGUCUGGUGUUUGGGGAGAUGUUUCCUCGACCGCGAUAAGAAAUGAAAUUUCUGCGUCAAGGCCCAGCAUCCUAGUUGGGAAUGCACUUUGCUGGUUAAUUUCUGGAGGUGAUAUCCUUGUGUUUGAUUUCGAAAUUCAGAGCUUUGAUGUGAUCGAGAAGCCGGCAGAGUACCAUGUUGACGACAGGUGUUUUCAGCUCUUACGGAUGGAGGACGGUGGACUUGGCCUCGCUGUUUUGUCAGGACUGGUUGUCCAAUUAUGGGAGAGAAAAUUUAACUGUGAUGGUGUUGUUGGAUGGGUGUUGCUGCAGAAAACUAUUCCACUGGAGGGGAUGCUUCCAAGGGGAAUGAAUUAUGUACUUUUCGUGGGGUAUGAUGAGGACACAAAUGUGAUUGUUCUCACUACGAUGAUUGGCAACUUCAUGGUCCAACUUGACUCCAUGCAAAUCAAACGUAUUGGUAAAAGAAAAAACAUGUGGCACAACACCUUUUAUCCCUACACGAAUUUCUAUACUGCAGGCAGGGGAGUUGGGCGGAAAGGGGCGGCUAAUGUGUUAUCUUGGUCAAACAACUUAGGUAAUUUUCCCUUUUCAUAUAUCUUUUUUUUCGUGGUUACCCAAUUUAUAAGAUGGUGCAUAGUCUAUGCUUACAUUUUCAAGAUGCACACACUUGGGUAGAGAUACCAGACAUUUUCCCUUUGUACUUGAGCCUCACAUAUAGCUUGGCACACAAAAGUAAAUCUGGAAUGAGCUGACAAUCUUGGAAGUUCAAUUUUGUUUUGCCUCGAGAAGAUAGGCGGUGAGUGACCAAUCUCGUAGUUUCUACUGCGAUCGUAUGUAGGUAGUUAUAUAGCAAGAAUCUUGAAAACACGUCAUCGUAUUGGUGCCAGUACAAACUAAGUGUUCCCUUAUUGUUGUUCUCAGUUUGUAGUAUUAGCUUGUGUACUGGGAUGAUUCAGCUAUGGAUAUUUUUUUUGUAUAAUCUGCACUACGGCUAAGUUAAUGCUUUUUUUGGGGACCAUACAAAAUUUGUUCCGCUGUGAGAGAGCAUUAUAAAUUUGUUUCACUGUGAUGACAUUGAUUGUUCUGCAGGUAUUAAGAGUUAAAUUCGGGUUGCUGAGACACCGCCAUGGCUAGUUGGCGUAGGGAAGUUCUUCAAUUUUUCUUAGAUGCAGCCAUGGCUAGUUGUUGUAGUGAAGUUCUUCUAUUUUGUAUGGUGUGGUCGACGCUUAAACUGUCCUGCUAUGUAGUCUGUUGGAUCAUCUGAUAUCUACGCUGUGGCAUGUGGUAUGGUCGAUGCUGAGAUGUCUCCUCUAUGUAGUCUGUAGGUUGUUCUACUUUUAGGUACCGCGGGCUGUGAAGUGAACCUAUCAGGUUUAAUCAUCUGAACUCUUAUAAAUAUUAGUAUCUACGAUCAGCAGACAUCAGUCAA